AUGGUCGGCUGGCCAGCAGAGAAAAACGGCCUACCAGAAGCCGUCGUGCCCUACUUCAACUGCAGGGACGAGCUGUCUGUCCAUGAUGGCAUCAUCGUGAGAGGAGACCGAGUGGUCAUCCCCAAGACAAUGAGAAAGGAGAUGUUGGUCAAACUGCAUGCGGGGCACUCUGGCAUCAACUCCUGCCUCAGAAGAGCCAGAGAUUUCAUCUUCUGGCCAGGGAUGUCGAACGACAUACGAGAGUACCUGGCGGUGUGUGACACCUGUGCUUUAAGUCCAUCUGGUCAAGCACCAGAGCCCAUCUUCGCUCAUGCUGUACCAGAACGCCCCUGGGAGAAGGUGGGCACAGAUCUCUUCCACGUCGAAGGCCGAAAUUACCUUGUCACCGUGGACUACUCUAGCCAAGUCGUGGAAGUGGACUACCUGCAGGAAACAACGUCACAGGCUGUGGUCAGCAAACUGAAAGGACAUUUCGCCAGACACGGCAUCCCGGACAUCGUCCCCAUCGACGGCAAGACGAACCAGACCUGGAAAAAGGCCGUGGUCACGAGCGUGGUGAAGCCCCCGAGAUACCAAUUCGAGAACGAAGACGGAGUCGUCCUCGGGAGAAAUCGCCAGUUCCUCCGGGCGUCCCAGCCAUCGAGCCUCGGUGUCAUCAGCCGACAGCUGAAGAAGCCCCGAUCGCGGCCCCAGUCCCGACUCGGGUCCCACGAGAGACUAGAGCCGUGCCGGCUGCGGUGUCAGCCGACAUUACCCAGUGUACCCGAUCUGGGAGACCUGUUCGACCCCCUCACUAAGAUGAACUUGUAA